AAGGUUACGGUUUACAACGUGCGAUGUACAUGUACACAUCACCACCAAUCGAAUAAACAAGAUAAACUGAUAUUGUGAUAAAAGGAGUUUUGCCGUCAGUGCUAUACAGUGUCGGCAGUCAGUGAGCCUAGGCAUUUUAGGCCUUUUUUGCCUUUCAUACGGUGGAAAAUGGUUUUUCCGUCUCGUCUAACGGAGGAAGAGGAAAUGCUACAGAAUAAAUAUGCUAAAAUACGGAAAAAGAAGAAAGUUUUACAGCAAAUGAAACUCAACAAGAGCAAGCCAGCCCCAAUAACACCACAGGACAGCCUGAAGAGACCUGCAGCAGAAAUGAGCCAGGAGGAUGCCAAGGAGAAGGCCAAGUCGGUCCUGGCAGCUCAACAGGCCAAACAAGCCAAACUUGAGGAGAACAAGAGUUCAGGCUUUAAGCGAUCUCGCAAGCUCCAGCGCAGUCUGAAGGAGCCCGAGAAGGUGCAGGCCCUGCCGAGCUUCCAGCCGUUUGUCAGCCCAAACAGCGGGCCAUCCAGUGGGGAGGAGCUGAGUCCGGGGCCAGUCGCGGACAGCAGGCGACUACACCGGAAGAGUCUGCAAGAGAGCUUUAUCAGCAGUAGGAGCACGUCCCAACCAGACACGCCAGAUGGAACACCUGAAAAGAAGCGUGGGAACACAAUCUAUGUCCACGGCUAUGGAAUCUCCCAUGAAGUGUGCGACAAAGCCUUCAAAGGCAUUGGCACGAUUUCAAACAUCAAUGUUGAGUUAGAAAAGAGCUGUGCCUUCAUUACUUUUGAUGACAUUGACGCUGCUGAUCGUGCCAUUGAAGAAAUGAACGAGAAGAUGGUAUCAGGGGUCCGACUCCACGUGUCCUUGGCCCGACGCCAGCGCAACGUACACAGGUUCAACAGCAGUGAUUCAGCGCAGACCGCAGGCAACUCACAGUGGGCAAACUUGGCCAUGGGGAACCUGAAGGGUGUCAAACACAAAGACAAAAGAGAAAUGCAGGUGUACGGUGCAGAUGACGACCUAUUCUUAUGAAUACUCUCCUCAAGACACUCAUGCAUAUGCAGGAGCAGUAGCCGCUUUCAUGAAUAUGCGACAGGUACUCACCGAGAGAGGGCUGUGUAGGUGUGUAAGGCAAGCCCACUGAUGUGUGGCAGGAGCGCAAGAAUGGUGAAGCGCUAAUUUUACAAGGAGACUCAGAUUUAUGUAGAUGAGACUACCAGUUGUCAUGGACAUGCAGCAGAAGUAUGGUGCCGAUGAAUGAAGUUUCUACUCACAAAAGUGUUCCAGCUCUUGACUUACGAUAUUUCUGCAUAUAUUGAUGACUGAACCACUGUGGACAUGCUGGGAGCUGCAGAAAUCGAGUCUCGGUUUUACACCACUAACUAGUUUUGCUCUUCAAAGAGACAACGUGCUGCACGAACUGAUUACCGGCUGACAGAUCAUGUGAUGUAUACAUGUAUGUAGGGGAGGGGAUCAUCACGUUCUCUGCAGGAAAGUUAAAGGCAUACAGGCAUUUGUCCUGUAUGAUUGAGGAACCCAUGCUGCCGUGGUCAAGAAUUUGCCAGUUAUACACAACUGGACCGUGAUGGCUUUGCUUAAUAUUAGCUGACUUGAAGGGCCUAUACAAUGCUAAUUUUCUAUGGAACCCUUGAAAAUGCACCUUUGUGUCUCAAAUAACACUAAUAUUUUCAAAUGUUGUUCUGCUGUUUUAACAGGUAUUUGGGAUCCUUUUUGGUUGUUACUGUUUCAUGAUUGAAACUUUUAUGUCAUUCCAAGUAGAAAUCCCCAAUGCCCUUUUGAUCUGUGCAUAAAACCUGCUGCAGUUGUUGAUAUGUUGCUGGCCUAAAUCUCCUCUUGUUUGGUGAUUCAUUGUUUUGUAAGUACAUGUACCCGACAAUCAGUCAGCAAGAAGUCCUUUGUCAGAAAUAUUUUCAAUGAGCAAAUUUCCGGUUCUCGGUCUGGACAGAAAAACUUACUGACAGAACGGUAUCUUCCGCCAGUGACAUCGUAGCGGCAGUACCCUCAGCUGUCCAGCAAAGCAUGAAUAAUUUUUGUUUGGUUUGUAAAGUGCACUUGUUAAUGCAUUUAACCCAACAGGAAUAACAAAUAGUUUUCAUAGCUCAAAGAGGAGUGUAAAGUUACGCAAAAAGUGUCUGCCAAAUAUUCAUUGCAUGAACCAGAUAAUAUUUUGCCAUCACCAAGGUGUUUUUGAGUUCCUAUUAUUUGUGUGUCUGGAUGGGUCUGUCAAAUCAAUAUAAUGCUAACUUCUUAAACCAAUAUAAGAGUGAAUUUGAAAGGAAUACAUCUGAAAAUGUGCUCUUUGCUAUUUAAAGUUCUCUUGAGAAGCACUUGGCCCUAAAUUUGCUUCAAAACAGCUGAAAUUUGACAUUGUCCAUGAUCUGUGUAUGUACAAGUAAAUAAAGAAAUUCAAAAUAAACGAGUUUGGCUUGCUUCGUUUGCUUAAUUGCAAAUGGUUUAAGAGA